GAUAUCAACUUUCCAGCCUAUCAAGAGCCUCUGUACAGCUUCUGGGUGGAACUGAAUGACAGCAUAGAUUAAUAAAUCUACCUAUCCACCUUCAGAGCACUGUUCUUUCAGACAAAUUGGAUGGUUAAAGUGCCAGCUGAAUUCUGAGCAAGCAUGUGGCUGUACCUGGCUGCCCUGGUGGGCCUUUACUUCCUUCGCCGAUGGUACCGGGAGAGACAGACUGUGGACAACCUGACAGAGAAAUAUGUCUUCAUCACUGGCUGUGACUCUGGCUUUGGGAAUCAGCUGGCCAGGCAGUUGGAUGCCCGGGGCCUGAGAGUGUUGGCAGCUUGUCUCACCUCAAAAGGGGCAGAACAACUGGAGAGGGUCUCAUCAGAGCGCUUGAGAACCACUAUUCUGGAUGUCAGCUGCAUGGAGAGUGUGGCGGCGGCAACCGAAUGGGUGAAAGGAUGUGUGGGGAACAAAGGACUCUGGGGCUUGGUAAACAAUGCAGGGAUCGGGCAUCCAGCGGUUCCUAAUGAGUGGAUGACUAAAGAGGACUUUGUGAAAGAGCUAAAUGUCAACCUGAUUGGUUUGAUUGAUGUGACACUGCAUAUGUUGCCCCUGGUGAAGAAGGCCAGGGGAAGGGUAGUCAACGUAGCCAGCAUCCUGGGCCGAAUAUCUUUUUAUGGAGGAGGAUACUGUCCGUCUAAAUAUGGAGUGGAAGCUUUUUCUGACUCCCUCAGGCGUGAGCUUCUCCCAUUCGGGGUGAAAAUAGCCAUAGUAGAACCGGGGUAUUUCAGAACAUCCAUGACCAAUACCCAGUCCUGUCUUGACAAUUUGGAGCAACUGUGGGUCAUCACCCCACAAGAAGUCAAAGAUAGUUAUGGCCAGACCUAUUUUGACAACCUUUACAAGACAUUAAAGGAGACACUCACAACUAAAUGCUGCACAGACCUCUUCUUAGUCACUGACUGCAUGGAGCAUGCCUUGAUAUCCCAUUAUCCCCGUACUCGCUAUUCUGGAGGCUGGGACGCCCAGUUCUUCUACAUUCCUCUCUCUUAUCUGCCCACAGCAUUAGUGGACUUGGUGCUCACAUGGUCGUGUCCAAAACCUGCUCAGGCUGUGUGAAGAAGGUCAGGGGCAGGCAGGGAGGCAUAAGAGUAGGAUUGCAACCUCCCUCACUGAACACCAAACACUCAUAUUUAAAUAUCACGAGGCAGAUUUGUGUCCAGUGCAGCCCAAGGUAGGGACAUCAAUUUAGGCUUCAUUGGAUGGCAAAGAUUCACAGCAGGGUUCAAAAUUAAAUUCUGAAACAAUUUGUAUUUUAUGAUCAUUUCUUUCCAGUAUUUCUUGCCACUGCCAGAAUGCCACAUAAUAAUCGACAAUUGUGCAUAUCACAUUAAAAUAUACUUCUUGUUUUCGUCUAAAAUA